AUGGACUCAAGUAUCGCAUCGGAGUUUUCAACCCCACCACAGCAUGGACGCCUAUCUCGCAGAGAAACUACUGCAACUAUCGCUAGCCGUGAUUGGCAAGAGCAAAACAUUUUAAGCUUGGAUGGCGGCGGUAUCCGCGGAUACUGGACUUUACUCGUCCUUGAGAAAUUGAUGGAAUAUAUAGGCGAGAGAGAACGGCUCGAGGAAGAACAAGGUUCAACAGCCGACCUUCACAGUUUCUUGCCAAACCCAGAACCCGCGAAUGUCACGCAGUGCAAUAUUGAUCCCAAUACGAGCGUGCGCUAUACAGCUGCCGUGAAGUUCCUUCCUUGUCACUACUUCGAUUUUAUUUGCGGGUCUAGCACAGGGAGUUUGAUUGCAAUAAUGCUUUCACGUUUUCGCAUGACGGUCAAAGAUUGUUUGUGCGAGUAUGAAAAUAUGAGUAAUCAAAUCUUCGGGAGGCCACGGUUGCUUUCCCAGCGGAACGCUCUUAUCCCCGGAUGGACAAAAUACAGCGCUUCAAGAAUGGAAAAGGCUUUCAAGAAAGUGACCACACGGCGAUGCAACCAAGCCGACAGGAACGAGCUGGACUCUGAACGGGGUAAUGAACCAGGAUUCAAAACCAUCAAGGGCACUUGUUCAAUAACAAAAGGCGGCUCAGGUAGCGAAAGAUCCCUCUACCUCCUUAGGUCAUACGAUCACCAGAAUACCUCCGAUAAGACUCUAGAAGAGACGUAUCCAAUCCUGAAUUUCGAUCUCGCUGAAUCGAUGUCCAUAUGGCAGGUCGCUCGAGCAGCAACAGCCGCACCAUUCUACUUCAAAGAGUUAGUCUUUCGCCCAAACGGUGAAAAUUCGAGAGUUUCAUAUUCAGAUGGUGGAUUCGGACAGACUAACAACCCCACGGAAGUUGCAAUUGAAGAGAUCAAUCUGCUUCAUAGAGAAGGUAAUCUCGGAGUCAUACUGAGCAUCGGAACGGCGAAAGCCGAUAAUAAAAGGGGAGGUAGUGGUGCCCGUGCUCACAUAGAGCAAGCGUUCGAGACUGCUACAAACCCAAAGGUCGUACAUCACAAUGUUGCCAAACGGAGGUACCCUCAUUAUUGGCGAUUGAACGAUGAGAGCGGUCUUUAUAUAUCACUCGAUGACUGGAGACCCAGUUACUUCACCCGCCAGCCCGGCCAUCGUACGAUAAGUGUGAUUAGGGAAAGAUUCUCGGAAUGGAUGCAAAGGGCAGACGUGGUCCGCAUGCUCGACACGUGUGCAGCGGAGCUCGUGAGCCGCCGAAGAAAACGGGCACAGCAUGAACAUCUCUGGGAACGGUUUGCGACCGGUAUAUCUCAGUUCCAAUGUCGAAAUCGAGAAUGUAGCCAAAACGACGACUAUUUUGCACAUCGUGGGACGUUCGAUAAGCACUGGGAGAACGAGCAUAGCCAAAGCGAGGACGCUGAGAAGCUUAGAGAGCCUAUGGUCACGCUAUGGGAGUAUCAAGCAAGACCCUGA